UGCGCCAAACUCAGUCAACCAUAGCCGAACUCCGGCGCGUGGGGAAAGCGGAAAUCAAAUGGACCCUUAUGUUCCUCGCUGUGCGUGACGCCCACUCAAAACACGCGUGUUGCUUACGGAAGCAGAAGCGUACACCACGUACAAGACUCACAUUUUGGCGUAGACUCUGCUGCGGCACAACCAAACAUCUAUCAACCCAACCGGUGUCCAGGAGGAACAGGCGUGUUCCUUAGAUGAGCUGGGUAGUCUUGGACUUGUCGCAGGUCACUGGCAGCAGAGAACUGGAAGGAAAGGCGGCCAAAGGAGGUGUUGGCUUUGGGGAUGACCAGUGAGAUAUACGAGGCGACUGUAGUGACUGCUGGACACCUGUAGUGACUAGCAUUAUGGGAUGUGGCACCUCCGUCACCACCGACAACAUGAGGAGGAGACUGACGACAGACCAGAUGGCCAUGAAAACUCCCAGCCCUGCACUGGCUAUGAAGGCAGCCAUCCUGAUCCAGCGCUGGUACAGACGUUACAUGGCCAGGUUAGAGAUGAGACAGCGAUACACGUGGAACAUCUUCCAGUCUAUAGAGUAUGCUGGGGAGCAAGACCAGCUACAGCUCUCCAGUUUCUUCAGUUUCAUGCUGGACAACUUCACUCAACUCAACGGGAAUGGCCCAGAUCUGAUCUCCCACCUGCUGGACCCAGUGGUUGACCCGUGGUCAGACAGAGAGAGACAGACCAUGUAUGAACAGAUCACUGUUCCUGAGUCCUACAGCGGUCCUCACCUCACCUUCCCCCUCACCGUCUCUCACACCAACGCCCUGCUCUCUGCAUUCAAAGAACAACAGCCUCUCCAUGGCAGAUACAUGCUGCAGUUGUUACACCAGACUAAGAAGCUCCUGAAACAGAUGCCAAACGUCAUUCACCUGUCCACACCCUACGCCAAGGAGAUCACAAUAUGUGGAGAUUUACAUGGCCGUCUAGAUGACUUGCUGCUCAUAUUCUACAAGAACGGACUCCCCUCGGCAGAGACGCCAUACGUUUUCAACGGAGACUUCGUGGACCGAGGGAAGAAGUCUGUGGAGGUCAUCAUCCUGCUGUUUGCCUACCAGCUCCUCUACCCAGACCACAUGACCCUGAACAGAGGCAACCACGAGGACCACCUCAUGAACCUCCGAUAUGGAUUCACUAAAGAAGUUAUGCAGAAGUACAAGACACAUGGCAGGGACAUCCUACUGCUGGUCCAGGAUGUGUUCAGCCUCCUCCCCAUAGCAACAGUCAUCGAUAACAAGGUGCUCAUCGUCCAUGGAGGAAUAUCAGACAUGACGGACCUGGAUUUCCUCAGCUCUAUAGAGAGACACAAGGUGAUAUCUGCCCUGAGGCUUCCUAGGAGGAGUCUGAACCAUCUGGAGGUGACUAGGAGCAGUAGUCAGGGCCAGCCAGAGAGCCCCAGGUGUAGGAGCAGGGGCCAGCCAGAGAGCCCCAGGUGUAGGAGCAGGGGCCAGCCAGAGAGCCCCAGGUGUAGGAGCAGGGGCCAGCCAGAGAGCCCCAGGUGUAGGAGCAGGGGCCAGCCAGAGAGCCCCAGGUGUAGGAGCAGGGGCCAGCCAGAGAGCCCCAGGUGUAGGAGCAGGGGCCAGCCAGAGAGCCCCAGGUGUAGGAGCAGGGGUCAGGACCAUGGCAACACCCCGAAGAAGAGACGUCACCUCACCAGACAGGGCAGCUCCUCCUCUUCCUCCUCAUCCUCACUGUGCUCCCCCCGGGGGUCGUCCCGCCUCACUCUGUGUCACUGCCUUUCUCCCAGCAUGCUGAGCCCCACCGACAACCUCCAGGUGCCCUUCCUGGACUCCUUCACCGCCCUCCCCGUCCGUCAGCCGCCCAGGGAGGAGUUGGAGUGGAAACAGGUAGUAGAUUUGCUGUGGAGCGACCCGAAGAGCCAGCCAGGCUGCAGUCCCAACACCUUCAGGGGAGGAGGCAGUUACUUCGGGCCAGACGUGACCAGAAGCCUGCUGGAGAGACACGGCAUGACUCUGCUGAUCAGAUCACAUGAGUGUAAACAGGAGGGCUACGAACUCUGCCACGACGGACAGCCUCCCGUCCGUCAGCCGCCCAGGGAGGAGUUGGAGUGGAAACAGGUAGUAGAUUUGCUGUGGAGCGACCCGAAGAGCCAGCCAGGCUGCAGUCCCAACACCUUCAGGGGAGGAGGCAGUUACUUCGGGCCAGACGUGACCAGAAGCCUGCUGGAGAGACACGGCAUGACUCUGCUGAUCAGAUCACAUGAGUGUAAACAGGAGGGCUACGAACUCUGCCACGACGGACAG